AAAAAACAUUCCCAAACAAUGAGGAACACAAUGGUAAAACUAUUAUGUCUGCUCGGUGCUGGAUGUUUCCUGCUGGGCGUCACGCUGGCAACCGAAACUAAUAAGCAUCAGCCGCAGCAACACAUCAUUGCGCAGCAAUUGUUAAGGAACAAGCGUGGAUUGCUGUCCGCCCUGUUCGGUACUGGCGAGGUGCAGACCACACCACUACCGGCGGAAGUGUUGCCCGUGUACGGCGAUCCAGCUCAGCCUCCGCUGCACAUGUUGUACGGUCACUCGACGGGACUCCAGGGACCUUAUCCGCCGUAUCCGGUGAUGUUUGUUCCAGGGGGGCCGGCACUCGGUGAGCAAGGCCAGUACCUACCGAUGCUAGCAUACGGUGGUGUUCCUGCAGGUUCAUUACAACCGGUAGCGGGAGACAACAAUCAUCUUCCAGCGGUUAUUGGUUGGCCCGAACCAACAGCCUUUGCACCAUUGGCACCGGCAACGGAAGCAACGGUUGCGUCCGGUCAACAAACCACCACCCCCCAGACAACCGGUGCCAAAAAACCGAACACACCACAACCGUCCCAGGUCGAUCAGAAUGCGGCAAAGUCGGCUUAUUUACUGAAGCUGAACCUAUCACCAGCGGAUGAACGUGAGCUGAAGCGAUUAGCCAAACUGCUCGGCGUUACCGAUUUCGAGCACCUGCCGCCGUUCGAAGAUGUCAAAGCGUUGCUGGGCACAUCGACAUCCGGCGAAACAAUCAAAGCGAUCAAAGAGUACGCCUCGACGCCGGACGGGUUAGAACUUAUCAAAGAUUAUGUGAUGAGUUAUCAGCCAGCGAAGCGCAUCAGCCUCGGCAAGGAACCGUACUCGGGCAACGAAGUCACACCGGGCACGACCGAUGCAGCCACACCGACCGAACCAGCCGCAUCGUCUCUGGGCAGUGGGUUUUUCGCUCACUUGCGCCGAUUGAAAUCCUUGCUUACAUUCGGAUACUUUGAUGCAAGCGAUGAAACGCCCGCAGAAACGCCGCUAGAAACCGUAACACCUGAGGUUCCCAGCGAGGCACCGUUCACACCGAACGAGUUUCCUGGUUUUGAAAUACGAGAUGGUUCCUCUCGGCCACUUCCGGUUGCUCAUUACAUCAUACCGGUACGAACUUUACCACGCCAUGCUUCUCCGGCAGAGUUCAAGUAUGCAUCCGCCCUACCGUUCCCAUAUGCCGUCCACUAUCCACCGGCCGUACCACAGCUACAGGAUUCAAAUCCAUUCACCAUGCGGAAGGAACCGGAUAGCUUUCAAUUGAUCGGGGCAAGCACGGUAUCGGGCCCAAAGGAAUCCCCAUCGGAUGUCACACUUCCGAAACGUAUCGCACCUCCAACGUUGGCCACCGGUGAGGUGCAUUCCUUCGAGCGAGCGGAUCUCGAGCAACCGGUACGCACAACAACGCCCGCAGGGCAGCAGCAAGAAUUGACCAUGAGCACGGUUACCAGCACCAUCGUAGAUCACAACGCUGUACCGGCUUUGGCUGAUGUUGCCGAGCUCGCGAACGAUACAACCGAUUUCAUCCUGAACGUUCUGGAUACUGAACAGACGACGUAG